AUGUAUGACGACUUAGUCAUUAUUUCUGGAAAAGAUCGUGCUACUGGAGAAAAUGCCGAAGGUCCUAAUGAUAUGAUGGAAGAGAUACAAAGGGAAGAUGUCAAUCCUAAUGCUGAUAAUGACGUCGAAGCAACAACCAAAAUUGGUCUUGACAAUUUAGAUACUUCAUUUUCUCCAUUACAGUCCCCAAGAUCUGCAACAGUUGACAAGAGGAAGAAAAGAAAAAGAAGUAUUGAUAACUUGAUGCCUAUGACAGACAUAAGGGAAGCUGCUUCGAUUAUUGGAAGUGGAAUUGCUAAAGCUAGUGAAUUUUUUGGUAAAGCAAUUGGAGUUGAUGCUGAAAUUUUAGAAAAGGCACAAAGGAUUGAUUCAAAGCUAAGAAAAGUUCCCAAUCUAGCUCUACUAGAUGUUACUAAAUUGGUGUGUCGUAUCACUCAAUCGCCCGAGUUAACCAACAUGUUUUUUGGCAUGACUGAAGAAUGA